AUGACUUGCUUGACCAUCACUCGUUCAACACGGGCGAGACCUGCUAGGAGAAAGUGUUAUGAUCAGAGCACAGAAACUCCCAGUGGAGCACAGAGCCCCAAACAGAGCACAGUGGCCCCCCAGCAGAGCAUAGAGACCCCCCAACAGAGCACAGAGGCCUUCCAACAGAGCACAGAAGCCUCCCAACAGAGAACAGAGGCCCCCAACAGAGCACAGAUACCCCCAACAGAGCACAGAGGCCCCCAACAGAGCUCACAGAUCCCCCAACAGAGAACAGUGGCACCCAACAGAGCUCACAGAUCCCAACAGAGCUCACAGAUCCCCAACAGAGCACAGAUACCUCCAACAGAGCCCCAAACAGAGCACAGUGGCUCCCCAACAGAGCACAGAGGCCCCCCAACAGAGAACAGUCCCCCAACAGAGCUCACAGAUCCCCAACAGAGCACAGAGGGCCCCCAACAGAGAACAGUUACCCCCAACAGAGCACAGAGAGCCCCAACAGAGAACAGAGGCCCCCAACAGAGAACACAUAGGCCCCCAACAGAGCACAUAGGCUCCCCAACAGAGCACAGAGGCCUCCCAACAGAGCACAGAUACCACCCUCCAACAGAGCACAGAGCCCCAAACAGAGAACAGAGGCCCCCAACAGAGCUCACAGAUCCCCAACAGAGCACAGAGGCCCCCAACAGAGCUCACAGAUCCCCAACAGAGCACAGAGGCCCCCAACAGAGCUCACAGAUCCCCAACAGAGAACAGAGGCCCCCAGCAAAAGAAGACUGUUCAGGUGCAGUGAUCCAUCACCUUUACUGGAGGCAGCUACGAGACGCACAGACUGCCGAGGCUAGUUCCUCCUUCCCUCUGCCUCUAGAGACAGCUGGUUAA